AUGUCGCGAGACCCCCUCGCUCUUGGCCAAGAGAUUGUCCCCAGCUCUCCUGCUGCGCCCCAUGAUUAUCUGGCCUCUCAAAACACCGGCGGAUCCCACCACGACGAAAGCCCCACCCCUACUCUGGCAGGGCCCAACAGCGCUCAUGGCACUCAUGGGUAUGACCCGGAGAAGAACGAUGACCGGGUGGCGGGUCUUGGUGCUGCUGAAGUGGGUACCGACUAUGAGAAGACGAAGGAAAUAGACGAGAAGGGGGAGGACCCUGCGCCUCUCGCCCGUGACCACCAGACUACUUCUGGUACUACUCACGCCCCACCCGCGCCGACGACCUCGGAUGCCAAAACGGUGGAGGGUUUGGGUAUGGUUUCGCUUUCAAGACAAUUCUCAACGCCGCCGGCUGUCAGCCCGUUUGGGGGUGUGGCUCCGUCUGGCACAGAUGCAGAGAGAGGGUUAAGGGCCAUGAGGAGCAGGGAAGAAGAGGAGGCGCGAGAUUUGGAGAGGGGAGCCAAAGGACCUGAUCCUUUUGCUGUUCAAUUUGAGCCGGGAGAGGAUAUCAACCCCAAGAACUGGGGCGUCGGCUAUAGAUGGUGGCUCACCUGCCUGGCUGGUCUCCUCGUCCUCAACUCUACCUUUGCCUCCUCCUCUCCCUCGGGUAUCAUCAACGAUAUGAUGGCAUACUUUGGAUUUUCUCAAGAAGUCGCUAUCCUUACCCUUUCCCUCUUCGUAGCUGGGUACUGCGUCGGCCCCAUCGUCUGGGGGCCUCUUUCCGAGACUUACGGCCGCCGGCCCGUCUUCAUCGCCACUUUCAUCGUGUACACGGGCUUCCAAGUGGGGUGUGCACUGUCCAAGAACACGGCGUCUAUCUUGAUCUUCAGAUUCCUCGGAGGGACCUUCGCGGCUGCUCCACUGACGAAUUCGGGGGCAGUGUUGGCUGAUAUCUGGGACGGCGACCACCGAGGAAAGGCUAUGAGUGUCUUCGCCCUCUCGCCUUUCGCGGGUCCGUCUAUAGGACCUAUUGUAUCUGGAUUCAUCCAUGUCAGUGGAACUAGCUGGAGAUGGAUGUUCUGGAUCCUUACCAUCUUUGCCGGAGUUUGCCUUGCAGUCAUCGUCUUUUUGGUUCCCGAGACCUACUCGCCCAAGAUCCUCGCCAAAAAAGCUGCUAGGUUGAGGAAAGAGACUGGCGACGACAGAUACUAUGCUCCUCUGGAGAGGGCAGAUGCGAGUCUCAAAGCUCGAGCACACGACAUUCUCUUCAAGCCAUUCAUCAUCCUCGCGCUCGAGCCCAUGCUCCAGGCGGUAACGAUGUACAUGAGUUUCGUGUACGGUGUUGUCUACCUUCUGUUCGAGGCUUUCCCCUUUGUGUUCGAGCAGAACCAUGGGUUCAAUACCGGUGAAGAAGGUCUUGCCUUCCUCGGUUUCUUCGGCGGCGGUUGUGCCUCUGUCAUCUUCUUUGUAACCGUUAUCGAACCCCGUUAUCUUCGCCACGCCAAAGCCGUAGCUCCCGAACCUCCCCGGCCCGAGAUGCGCCUCGAGCUCUGUGUCAUCUCUGGCAUCUCUCUCGUCAUCGCGCUCUUCUGGUUCGGCUGGACUUCAUACUCGUCUAUUCACUGGAUAAGUCCAGUACUUGCUGGGGCUUUCAUUGGCGUUGGUACUUUGGGAAUGUUUGUCAGUUUGUUCAACUAUAUCAUCGACGUCUAUCUUUGGUCUGCGGCUUCGGCAUUGGCUGCUGCUACUGUCGUUCGAUCUCUGUUCGGUGCCGCUUUCCCUCUUUUCGCCACUCAGAUGUACGGUAAACUAGGCACUCAAUGGGCCUCAUCUCUACUUGGAUUCCUCGCCCUCCUGAUGGCCCCCAUCCCCAUCAUCUUGAUGAAGUACGGCCAUCAAUUGCGCGCGAAGUCCAAGGUCUCGCCCAGUCGUUAA